GUCUUAAACACUUGUAAACUUUUACUAGUGAAAUACAUGACACUUUUUGAUUGAACAAUAAAAAUGAUUGCAGUGCACAUGUAAAAUUGACAAGCAACUAAAAUUGCUAAAAGAUACCUGUGAAAAAAAAAAUUGUGAAAUUUAAAUUUAUACAUUAAGAACUGGUCUCCAGAAUUAACAAGUAACCAUGCCGCAGAAUGAGUAUAUGGAACGCCAUCGCAAGCUGUAUGGCCGGCGAUUGGAUUACGAGGAGCGGAAACGCAAGAAGGAAGCGCGUCUUCCGAAAGACCGAGCACGCAAGGCUCGCAAGUUGCGCGGCAUCAAGGCCAAACUCUUCAAUAAGGAGCGACGCAAUGAAAAGAUUCAGAUUAAGAAGAAGAUCCAGGCGCACGAAGAGAAGAAAGUCAAGAAGCAGGAGGAGAAGGUCGAGGAUGGAGCCCUGCCUCAUUAUCUGCUCGACAGAGGUAUCCAGUCCAGCGCCAAGGUCCUGUCCAAUAUGAUCAAGCAGAAGCGCAAGGAGAAGGCAGGCAAGUGGGACGUGCCCAUUCCCAAAGUACGCGCCCAGUCGGAUGCAGAGGUCUUCAAAGUGCUAAAGACCGGCAAGACAAAGCGGAAGGCGUGGAAGCGCAUGGUCACAAAAGUCACCUUCGUCGGCGAGAACUUCACCCGCAAGCCACCAAAGUUCGAGCGUUUCAUCCGACCCAUGGGUUUGCGCAUGAAGAAGGCUCACGUUACGCAUCCAGAACUGAAAGCCACCUUCAACCUGCCCAUCAUUGGCGUCAAGAAGAACCCCAGCUCGCCCAUGUUUACUUCCUUGGGUGUAAUCACGAAGGGUACUGUGAUCGAAGUCAACAUCUCUGAGCUAGGUUUGGUAACGCAAACAGGAAAAGUCGUCUGGGGCAAAUACGCUCAGGUCACGAACAAUCCAGAAAACGAUGGCGUUAUCAAUGCAGUGCUGCUUGUCUAACCCCAAAAUGUCGCUACCUAAUUUAAGAGUUUGAUUUAAUAAACAAACAUAUACAAUAA